AUGGCAUUCGCUGGAGCGGAAUUGUUAGCGCUUCGAGGAGUUCCACACUUCGAUCCGACGGGUGGUGCAAGUAUUGUCAGCGGCAAGUGGAAAGCUUGGCUUGAAGAGUUCGAAGCCUACGCCGAUAGUCGCGGCCUGUUUCUGGACGGAUGUACGCCGGCCCAGGAGGCGCAACGAAGAGCACUGUUGCUGUACACUGCGGGGCCUGUGGUAAGGGAGACUUUCAAAACACUUCCCAAUAAAGGAGAGAGGAAUGAGUAUCAAAAAGCCACAGAUGCCCUAAAUGCUCAUUAUGUUGUCAAACCUAAUGCUACGUUUCAAAGACAUUUGUUCAGGAAAACAAAGCAGGAAGAUGGUGAAACGGUUGCCCAAUUUGUUACCAAAUUACGACAGGUUGCUAUUGGAUGCAAUUUCGUAGCUGGGGAUGUAGAAAACCAAAUUCUUGACCAAGUAGUUCAGUACUGCAGAGCUGAUAAACUUCGCAGGAGAAUGCUGGAGAAAGGAGGUGAGCUCAAGUUAAAUGAUGCAUUGUCCAUGGCUGCUGCUCUAGAAGCUGUUGAAGGUCAAUUUAACUCCAUGUCAUUGAGAGAGAGAGAAAGGCCUAGAGCUGGUGGACAAGUGAAUCAAGUAUCGUAUGAGAAUGACAGAAAAAAGAAUUUGGAACGCUACCGAUGUGGGAACAAAGGACAUUUUGGGAAGGAUGCAUCAUGUCCAGCCAAAGGAAAGAUCUGUCGGAAAUGUGGAGGCCAAAACCACUUUGCGACGAUGUGCAAAAGUAAGGCCAAGAGCACAAGUGAGGCGAGAGGAAAAUUCAGAGAUGGGAAGUCCAGAGAUGGAAAGAAGUAUAAGAAUAGAGUUCGCCAAGUGGAAGGUGAACCCGGACAUGAUAGUGAUGAUGACAACAGCCGUGGCCGUGAUCAGAGGUACUAUCAAUUUGCUGUGAAUGGUGAUCAUGAGAAAGUCCCAAUAAUCAUUGGAGGUGUCACAGUCCCAGUGAUAGUAGAUUCGGGAAGUGAUUGCAAUGUAAUAGAUCAGAUAUUGUGGGAGAAACUGAAGAAGGACAAAAUCAUCUGCAAAUCUACUAAGAGUACCAAGAGGCUUUAUCCGUACACAUCACAGAUACCAUUAACAACUGUUGGAUGUUUCACAGCCACCGUAGAAGUUGGCAAGAUGAAGUCGACUGCAGAGUUUGUUGUCAUCAAAGAAAAGGGAGAACCUUUACUGAGCAAACAUACGUCUAGAGAGCUGGGAGUGCUCCAGGUGGGAAUUGUACAUGUAAAUGCGGUACAGAGCUAUGCAGGUUUAAAGCAUGAGUUUGAAGCAGUCUUCAAAGGGGUAGGGAAGUUGAAGGGCCGACAGGUGCGGUUAGCAGUGGAUGAAACGGUGAAGCCAGUGGCCCAGCCUGUGCGAAGGACUCCAUUUGGACUGAGAAAAAAGGUCGAGAUGAAGAUUGCGGAAUUGAUCGAUCUCGACAUCAUUGAGCCAGUUAAACGCUCCACGCCAUGGGUAAGCCCAGUUGUCAUAGUUCCAAAGAGAAAUGAUGAAAUCAGACUGUGUAUCGAUAUGCGUAGAGUGAACGAAGCAAUCAUAAGAGAACGUCACCCCAUUCCCACUAUUGAGGAAGUCCUACAGGAGCUGUCGAUUAGCAAGGUCUUUUCGAAAAUAGACCUGAAGUGGGGGUACCACCAACUGGAGUUACAUCCGGAGUCUAGAGAGGUGACAACCUUUGUCACUCAUUGUGGGUUGUUCCGCUAUAAGAGACUGUUGUUCGGAAUCAAUGCUGCUCCAGAGAUUUAUCAAUAUGAGAUACACAGAGUGAUAGCUGGGAUAGAAGGAGCUGCGAACAUAUCAGAUGACAUCAUUGUGCAUGCAUCGACCCAGAAAGAGCAUGACAAGAGGUUGAAGCAGGUGCUUGGCAGACUGCGGGACGCAGGACUUACUGCAAAUGCAGAAAAGUGUAAGUUUGGUGUCUCUGAGUUGGACUUCAUGGGGCACAGACUGACUAGCAAGGGACUCAACCCAGGAUUGGCCAAGGUGAAAGCAAUUGCAGAGGCCCGUGAACCCCAGACUGCAACUGAGAUGAGAAGUUUCUUGGGGCUAGUCAACUACUGCGCAAAGUUCAUUCCGAACUUUGCUACAUUGGCAGAUCCACUGAGAAAGCUGACCAGAAAGGACACGCCAUUUCAAUUUGGUCAUGAACAACAACAAGCGUUUAAGGCGCUGAAGGAAAGCUUAAUGAGUGCAGAGACCCUGGGCUACUAUGAUCUAAAUGCACCGACAAAGGUCAUAGCGGAUGCCAGUCCAGUUGGCUUAGGAGCAGUGCUGGUGCAGGUGCAUGCUGAUGGCCCGAGGAUAGUAGCAUAUGCCAGCCGCUCGUUAAGUAACGUUGAAAGGAGAUACUCUCAGACGGAGAAAGAAGCCCUUGGACUUGUGUGGGCUUGUGAAAGAUUCCAUGCGUACCUGUAUGGAAUAGAGUUUGAUCUAGUGACUGAUCACAAACCGCUUGAAGUCAUUUAUUCACCGAGAUCUAAGCCAUGUGCGAGAAUAGAGCGGUGGGUUCUGAGGCUUCAACAGUACAAGUACAGGGUAGUCCACAUCGCAGGAAAGUCCAACAUAGCAGAUCCAUUGUCAAGAUUGCUGAAGGAUGAUCAACCGAGAGAAACUUCUGUGUUGGAAACAGAAGCAGAGAGCUUUGUGCGUUUUGUGGCAGUCCAGUCAACGCCAGGUGCGGUGACAACGAAGGAAGUCGAAAGAGAAUCUGAACAUGAUCCUGAACUCGAAGUUAUCAGAGAGUGUAUUCACAGUGGACAAUGGGAUGAUUGUCCAUACAAAGCAUACAUUCCCAUCAAGGAUGAACUCUGUAUAAUUGGUCAGUGUGUGCUGAGAGGUAGCAGAUUGGUGAUUCCACAGGCACAGAGGCCAAAGAUGGUGUCAUUAGCUCACGAAGGACACCUGGGCAUUGUUGGCACCAAACAGAAUUUGAGAACCAAGGUAUGGUGGCCAGGAUGUGAGAAAGAUGCAGAGAAAUUCGUCAAGACUUGUCAUGGUUGCCAAAUCACAAGCAGGGGUAAUCCACCAGAACCAAUUCGAAGUACUAUGUUGCCAACAGGACCUUGGGUGGAUGUAGCUGUUGAUUUCCUAGGACCACUUCCGACAGGAGAAUCUAUACUUGUGGUAGUUGAUUAUUAUAGCAGAUACUACGAGUAUGCAAUCAUGAAAUCAACCACUGCAGAGAAGACAGUCAAAGCCCUGGCUGAAAUCUUUGGCAGACAUGGGUUACCUGUGACGUUAUACUCAGACAAUGGACCCCAGUUCAUCUCGGAAGUUUUCGCAGAGUACAUGAACAUUACAGGAAUUCACCACCAUCGGGUGACUCCUAAAUGGCCCCAAGCCAACGGCGAGGUCGAAAGACAGAACCAGAGUAUAGUGAAAAGGCUUAGAAUUGCACAGGCAGAAGGCAAGGAUUGGAAAGAGGCCUUGCUGACUUACGUCGCAGUCUACCGGGCUAGUACUCAUUCGACAACGGGAAAAAGCCCGGCAGAAGUGUUGUUCGGGAGAAAGAUCCGAACUAAACUACCACAAAUCCAGGACAUUAGUGAGGAUCAGGAACUCAGAGACAGGGACCUCCAAAUGAAAAGUGGUGCAAAACACUAUGCAGAUCUGGAGAGGGGAGCCGUACAUUCUGACAUAGUGCCAGGAGAUAAGGUGAUAGUAAGACGUGAUGAAAGGAGGAAACUAGACACGCCAUACUUUAGCCAGCCAUAA